AUGUCUCCGCACAACGACGCGCCAUCUCCCUCAGGUAGUUUUACUCAAGAUUCCAACAACAUGUCCUUCCGUCCCGCUACAAGCUCCAACCUCCGAAACUCGAGCAGUGCCAACAGCGUAUACUCAGAGGCCCCAUUGAAUGAGUACAGCUCCUCCUAUAGCAAUGGCUCCCUUGAUAUCGAGGACCGCGUCACCCGCCCCUUGAUCCCAGGAGUCUACGUCCCUACUGUCUGCUUCUUCGAUCCUGUUACUGAAGACCUGGAUACGGCAACCAUUGCCAGCCAUGCAGUCCGCCUUGCCAAAGCCGGCGUAACAGGAAUUGCUACACAAGGUUCCAAUGGCGAAGCCGUCCACCUCACACACUCCGAACGCCAAACCGUGACCGCCACAACCCGGUCCGCCCUCAACGCCGCUGGCUUCUCCCGCCUCCCUAUCAUUGUUGGCUGUGGAGCUCAAUCUGCCCGGGAAACCAUCCAAUACUGCCGCGAAGCCCAUGCCGCCGGCGGCGACUACGCCCUCGUGCUUCCCCCCUCCUACUACGCACCUCUUUUCUCUCCCUCCUCCGCCAGCGUCAUCACCUUCUUUACCACCGUCGCCGACCAAUCACCCAUCCCUCUCCUGAUCUACAACUACCCCGGCGCUGUCUCCGGCCUGGAUCUCUCCUCGGAUGUCAUCAUCCAGCUCGCCGCGCACCCGAACAUCGUCGGCGUGAAGCUCACGUGCGGAAACACAGGGAAGCUGAACCGCAUCGUGGCCGCGACCAAGCCGACCAAGCCGCAACCGCUCGACGCACAGCCGCCGUUCCUGGUCUUGGGCGGGAGCGCCGAUUUCACGCUCCAGAGCCUAAUGGGCGGCGGCCAUGGCAUCCUGGCCGGCUUGGCCAAUAUCGCUCCGAAGGCAUGUGUCGAGACGGUCCGGCUAUACCGCGAGGGCAACAUUGCCGAGGCGCAGAAGAUGCAGGAGACGGUCGCGCAGGGCGAUUGGGCCGCGAUCCAGGGCGGCAUUGUCAGCACCAAGGCGGGAUUGCAGAGUUGGUUCGGAUACGGAGGAUAUGCUCGGUGCCCACUGCCCCGACCAACCAGUGCCGAGAAUGCUAAGUGGAAGGAUGGAUUCCGGGACUUGGUCAUACUGGAGAAGAGCCUUUAG